CUAUAACAUUUAGAUGAGUUAAUAGUCAACUUUGCUUUACUUCAACUCAAAUCAUAUAAAUAUUGGAAGGCUUAUUCAUAAUUAGAAUAAACUAGAGGAUUAUGAAGCUCUGGCAAACCUUAAGACCCUUAUAUUAAGGUUUUCUGGAACGCGUUGCUCUGCCAACACGCGGCAGCGAUAAGCCAGAAGCAGGCGCGUGUUUGGUGAUCAGGGUCAGACACGGGUUGCUUUUUGUGCCACGAAAAGCACGAAAAGCCGGCGACCUUGGACGACAGAUACUAACAACAGAUACACAUUACGACAAAAACAUCAAUAAGGUUAUAAUACGAAUUAGCAAAAGUUAUCACGAGGCUGUCUGUCAGCAACUCGAAACACUUCACGACGCGCCAAUAUCUUCCCAACACAACAACGACCUCCAUGUCGCAUAACUUAUAACAACAUCGGACUCAACCAACAGCAACCCGCGAUGGAGAGUGCCUGGCUGGAUUCUCUGUCGGAAGAUUGGAUUUCACAGCCAAACUCCGAACAUUCUCCCGCAGGUUCCCUCCCAUCACUUCCAGGAAGCACGCCGCCAUCAUCAAAUUCCGUUCAAGAACGCCCCUUCGCAAGUCGCAUACCAGUCCUGAAGUCAUUGGGCCAAUCCAGCCAUGAUUCAAGCGCCCUGCCUUUGAGUGAGCGAAGUCCGAAUUCUUAUAACGUCCCCAUACCACAUACCUCGAAACAGAGUUCGAAAUUGCGAAACGAAAUUUCAGGCGCUGGGCAAGAAAGACGGGUUUCGAGGACCCUGUCGGUAUCAUCUUCCCAAUCUGUUCAGCAUCAUACGGUGAAGCAUAGAUCACUAAGCUCAUCACCACAAAAAUCGCGAAAUACCCCGGAAUGGAAGAAGAGACUCCUGCAUGGGGACGUUGCCUACGGAGACCAGCGUGAUUUGUUUAGUCCAGUCGGCCUGGAGAACAUAUUCAAGCCACCGCCACCAACAAGACAAUCUUCAGCCAAAUCAUUAUUGGAGCUGCAAUCUAAGUCGGAGGAUGUGACAAUGCGAUCAAGCCCUCCUCCAUACAAACCUAAAGUGGUGCCACAACCUUCAGAACGGCAAGGUCCCAAGCCCAUAAGUUACAAAUUAGCAGAUACCGGCAGCGACCAAUUCUCAGAAUGCGACCUGAGCCAAAGCAGCAGCUUUCGACCGCGGAAUACUGUCAGCCGGAAAGCGUCGAGUCGAAAUCCCUUGGUCCACGACGUUGCGCUGGAGGAAGCUGUCGUUGAGGAAGAAUCAGAGGCAGAGAAUGACGAAAUUGAGGAUUUGGAGCUUUCGAAGGGAAUGGACAGCGAUUCCCACCUCCAAGUUACCCCUCAGAAACAGGAUAUCGAUAUUUUGAGCAAACGGCAACCGAAAUCUCCGCUCAAGGAUCCCACGCCUAAACGAAGGCGAACAUUACACGACUCUGAUAUUGACAAUCUGUCUAUUGACAAUGUCGUCUACAAUUCGGUCCUCGAAAGCCAUCAGAAUAUCCAGUCAAUCAUUGGCAAGAAGAGGAAGGAUGCCAGGCAUGGCAACGAUAACGAAUCCGCAAACCCUGAAGUCAUGGCUACGCGCCAGGUCCUCCAGCCUCGUACGCUAUCUGUGAGCCAGCGGCGCAAUUCCAGUUCCGAGAUUGAUCUCAACACUGUUUCAAGACCACCGCCAUGGAGCCAAAAGGAAUUAACGGAACAACAGCAAAAGAUUGCAAGAGUUCAGGCAGAACUAGACAUGACGCGCCCAACAGGCCCUUUUGUUGGGAUUAACCAUCACAUGUCGAAUGACAACCGCAAGCCAUCCGUGACUACCCAGGACUUCUUAGAUGAAGCCAAGAAGAUCAUGGCAGGAAUUCGAGGAAAAUCUCGGCCUCAAAGCGGAUUGAAUAGCCUCGAGGAGUCGGAAUCGGAAAUAUCCAGUUUGAACGAGGCAUCCGAAAACCCCGAUCACGAGGACUCUUACCAGGAGUCUACAACAGAGCCAUUUUCAAGGCCGCCGAGUCGCGAAGGUGGUGCGCCUGUACCUCGGCAAGCAAAGGAACAAAGUGAUCCAGAACUUCUGAGCCACUUGAAGAAGUAUGAAGAGUGGAGCGAUUUUGAUGCAUUGGUUGCCUCGUCCAUCCCAUCAACCGUCCCCGUCAAAACCAACGAAGACGGGGCAGUUAAACAGGAUAACAAUGGAGACGGAGUCGCUGCAAAGGCUACCGGUUGGACUUUGAACCAUGACAUGCCUUACGAAAGCGACCCACCCAAUAUCCAAAUCACAGAAUAUCCCGAACUUCAGCGAAAGCGAAAGCAUUCUACAUCGUCUUUACCAGUUGGAGGUGAUGACGGAGCUGUCCACUCACAUGGAUCGAAUCCAUCCUCAGGGCACUCAACCAACCGGUCUAUUCAUACCGGAUCCUCCAGAAACUCGGAUUCUCGGCGGAUAAUAGCACCCCAUACCGUUUCCCACCUCAUCCCAGAGCAGCUUGCUGGAAUGGUAUUCGACCGUGAAAAGGGCAUAUGGGUAAAGCGCAAAGCUACUGACCCAAAGAUCCUGGGGAAUGCGUUACCCUCAGAUGACGAUGAUCCCUUUGGAGAUAUCCCGGAUCUUACUGUGGAUGAGAUACAGGAGAUGCAGAGGAUACGGGCUGUAACCGCAAAGCAACGCGAGGAAUCCCGCCUUUCGAUUGUCCAGGAGUACCAGGGCCAGUUUAAUUUCUCUAAAGGCGAAGGGCUUGGCGCACAUCACGUAUUUGGGAGCGCUCCUACAACGAGUGCGACCAAAAACAGUGGAUCCGAACCGUCACUUUCUGCGCCGCCUACAUCAAGCGGUGGCAUUCCUGACACGCAAGUAACGACUUGGGACGAGCAGCCAGAAGCUUCUACUAAAUCUGAUAUCGAGGCCAUUGCCGACACAGACCCGAUAGGUGCUACUCGCGAAAAGACCCUGAAAGAAGUCAUUGAAGAAGAUGCUGAGGAGGAAAUUUCAAUCAAUGAGAGCAGGUCACAAGUAUGGAAUGAUGUCAAGCCUCGACGCAGUGUAACCAUUUCAUUCUCAUCGCCAUUUCCGUCUAUGUUGCAAGAUAACUCAAUUGAGCACCCAGCGUCUCGUAUCUUCGAUCACUAUCAUGAAGAGGAGCAAGAUGUGAGUAUCAAUGGGCGAGCCGAAGCUUCGAAGUUUCAGCAACGGGAAUCCACAACUCAACUUCGGUCGUCCCAGCGCAGUGCGCCUCGUUGCUCUUCCUUUGGCGCGCAGAAUUUCACCAGGCGUCCCGUGUCCCGCAUAGACGAACGCGACGAAGAUUCGUUUGCGGAAUAUAUGGAAAAUGGAGGUGCCCGGAGGAAUCUCAGCAUUGCUGUCACGACCCCGAUGCCACUGAGAAACACUUCUCGUCAAAUUUCGACCGUUCAGCAGACUCCCGAUAUUGGAAUUGGCCAUGGCUCUCUUUAUCAGCUAAGCCCGCUAUCUGAUUUCACUAUGAACCAUGCCGAAGAGUCUUUUGCGUUCGAAGUCAGCUAUGUAGCGCCAGUGACCCGUCAUCAGCCCGGCUCAAAGAGAUCGCUAUCGAUGACCGUUAAAGAGCUCGUUCAGCGUAUAACUGAUGUGGAGCCUUACGAGCCUUACUGGCCGCAUAUCAGGCAAAUCGAUCUGAAGAAGAAGAAAAUACACAGCUUGCACAUGUUGAGCAAAUUCUGUGGUCAACUCGAAGAGCUCGACGUGUCUGAUAACGAGAUUUCGCAGCUCGAUGGGACCCCGGAAACCAUCAGGAACUUGCGCAUUACACACAACUCCCUGUCUGACCUGACCUCAUGGCAACACUUGAAGAAUCUCCAGUAUUUGGAUAUCUCGAACAAUGACCUUGCUACGUUGGAAGGACUAAAAGAUCUAGUUCAUCUGCGCGCUAUCCGAGCUGACAACAACAAAAUUGAGUCGGUAAACGGUAUUUUCGGUCUUGAUGGUCUCAUUAGCCUCCGCCUGAGGAACAAUGUAGUUCACGCCGCAGACUUCACUGGUUGCAACCUCCCUCGAUUAAUGGACCUUGACCUCAAAGGAAAUAAGCUAAAGGCCAUUGCUGGCCUCGAGGACUUGCGAUCACUCGCGACUCUCCACCUGGAAGACAACUGCCUGGAGACUUUCAAUGAGGGCUCCAACCAUACUUAUCAUGGAUUGAAGUAUCUCAAGCUCAGCGGAAACAAUCUCCAGCAGAUUGACGUUAGUCACUAUCCGAAUAUCCGCCUACUGUACCUCGACCGCAACCGCCUUGGGAAAGUCACUGGUCUUCUGAAGGCAAAACACAUCGAUAGCCUCUCGAUGCGCGAGCAGCGCGAAUCGGUAAUUGACAUGUCCUUCCUGGACCAAUGUUUCGAAGUCAGGAAACUCUUCUUGUCGGGCAAUCUCCUGCCCAACUUCGCGCCUCGUGUCGAUUUCCUCAACCUGCAGUACCUAGAGCUCGCAAACUGCGGCCUAGAAUCACUUCCCGCCGAGUUCGGGCAGAUGAUGUGCAAUGUACGAGUGCUCAACUUGAACUUCAACGCGCUGCACGACCUCAAACCCCUUCUGGGCAUAGUGCGUCUCAAGCGUCUUCAUAUCUCUGGGAACCGCCUCACUCGACUACGGAAGACUACUGGUGUCCUCAGCCAGUUCUCGAGCUUGUCAAAUGUGGACAUCAGGAAUAACCCUGUGACGCUGGGCUUCUAUCCUCCUGUCACGGAGACGAGAGUUGCUCUUCUUCAGCGCGCAGAGGAAGACGCCGAGGUGGCCGUCGAGGACCCAUUUACUUUGCUUGAUGCGGAUGAGACAAAGGACAAGGCUUAUGCUGGGCGGUUGGAUAUGGAGACUAGGAUGAGGAGGAGGGUCUAUGAGAUGUUGAUGGUGGGUGGGUGUCAGAGACUGAAGAUGCUGGAUGGGUUGCCAGCCAAUACGGAGAUCGCGAACGUUAAGGAUGUUGUUUGGGAUGAGCUAGUCAAGAUUGGGCUUGUUCAAAAUACUGUGGGGCAAAUCGAAGCUCCGGCAGCUGAGAUGGCGCCGCAAACUCAGGAUGAGGAGCUGAAAGGUGGGGAUGUGGAUCCCGUGCAGGAUGAAGUGGUGGAGAAGAAAGAGGAGCAGGUGCUGGAAGCGAAGAAGGAGGAGGAGCGGGAGAGCCAGUGGCCGGCUGAGGAUAGUUUUGCUUGAGCGCUUUUACGAGACGAUGUUUAAUGACUUGGUUGUACAAUACCAUGAGGGCGGCAUUGGGAGGAGUUUUGUUGGAACUUGGCUGUUUUACUUUUGUAUAAACAGGGGCGUCUUCUUGAUUGUCGUUUUUUAGGUAGAGAAGCUGGCUAUGGAGGUUUAUUGAUGUUGAUUGCCAAAUCGGAUGCUCAUGAAAUUGCAGAGUUCCAUCCAGUGUCCGUUAUUACGUUUCUCAGCCCUAUAUUGAGAGGGUCGAGAGGUGGCCAGUGACAGCCAUGCGGUGCCGCCGCGUGGUUUCAUUUCCACGAUGUCGCAUCCUUCCCGUGUCUGGAUAUUGCGGUGCUAGCUAGCGUGUGG